AUGAAUUCCAGAAACACAUUUUCGGAAGUGAGGAGAGGGUACCUAGCUGGCAAACCAAACUCCUGGCAGCCCUCACGGAUCCUUGUUGUGGAGGCUGUGCCACCUUUUUGGGCCAACACCUGCUCCAAGCUUUGCGAAGCACUGGAAAACGUAUUCUGCCUGGCGUGUAGCUUGGCAGGGCCCUGUCGCAUCCCACUGCUCAGCCUGUACGUGGUUCAGAACCAGCACGAGUGCCUGCUUCCCUUUGUGCAAGUGAAAGAAAGCUUCGCUCGGCUUCAGACCUGUCUGUCAGAGCUCCGCUCCUUGCCCAGAGAGGGCUCUUUCCGGCUGAAGGGGGAAGGCGUGAUGCAAGCAGUGCAGGAUGGUCUCCAGCAGUUUAAACAAUACACCCGACACGCGACAGCAGGGAGCUCAGCGAACAGCUCUGUGGAGAUUACAGUUGUGACCAGCCAGGCUGGAGCAGAGAUAGUGAAGCAGCUGGAAGCAGGGUUAAAAGACAUAGAUCUGGUGUGUCUGCGGAGACUGCAGGUCGUUGAGAUCUCCAGGGGAGACGUCCCUGAGGCCGUGGAUGUGGAGUGGAGCGCACAGGCUGCGGAUGAGGCCAGCAGCAAUGACAGCUCGAUCCUGGGCAUGGACAUUGACCUGCAGACCCUCGAGAACGACGUGGUCAGCUUGGAGACCUUCUUCAAAACCUGGCUGCAUGACCAUGGCACAGACCGCGAGCAGCUCCAUCUCCUCCUCCCUGCAGCAGGCACUGCUCACCACGCUGCCCCCAGGACCAGCCUAGCAUGUGUAAAGUGCGACAUUCGUGAACGGAUCCUCAGCCCAGCCCUGCUCCCCCAGGCAGCCAACGUCACCGUGAGGAUGGACGACCCGAGCAUACCCCUGCAGCUGGCAGCCGGUCCAUCCGCCUCGCCAUACAGGCUCAGGGCCAUCAAGGCUCUGAAGCGUGAGGGGGUCUGUGAGUCCAUGCUGUAUGGGCUGCCCUUCAUCAUCAAGCCGACGAGCUGCUGGCAGCUGGACUGGGACGAGCUGGAGAUGAACCAGCACCACUUCCACGCACUGUGUCACAGUCUGCUGAAACGGGACUGGAUGCUCCUGGCCAAACGUGAGCCGCAGAGUGCAAGCCCCAGCUGGAGCAUCGUGGCAACCUCCUACUAUGCCAUCAUCCCCUCCGACUCCUCCACGCUGCUGCUCAGAGCCAUUGCGGUCAGAGAGCUCCUGCUGCCCUGCGCAUUCCCAGCCCUCAGUGCUGAGCUACCCGAGGCCGCGCUGAGCACCAUUGAGAGCGCCCUGAGCAGCCUGGAGCUGGAGCCCAUCUACAAUCCACUACGCAUGAGGAGCAACCUCUACAAGCAGCUGCGGGGUGAGCUGUCCCGGCCCCUGCACCGGCAGCUGGCUCAGCACCGCCCCAGGGAGCGACACCCACCCAGACAGCCCCUGAGCCGGCAGCCCCCCAGCAAGGCCAGGGCCACGGUGGCACCCCUGCCGAUGGCGGCCCCCGCACCCAAAGUGCUGCGCACAUCCAUGGCCAGGAAGGACACCUGUGAGCUCUCCCUCUUCUCUGAUGAGGACGACCAGGCCUAA